UAAAUGAGUUUUAAAGCAUAAUUAGGAAGCAUUUACUCCAUCACAAUGUUUUUAAACCAAAAAAUUAUUCACAAGUCUGAAAAAAGUAGUUUUCACAAGAAGUACUUCAACUAAAGCUGAUCCCUCGAUUUUCAAUGUUUUGCAUUGAAUGCAAAAUUUAUUUAUAAAAUUGAACGUUUGCGAUUGAAAAUUCAAAUUUACCGCCUGAUACCACAUUACUAUCUCUCACGUGAAACCUACAUUCGGGAGUGAAUGAACCUCUCCCCUCGCGAUCUCUUGCGCAAUCUCGAAAUCAAAUAGAUUACGUUACGUAUCAGACCCGAUGGAACUUGAAUAAUUACCACCGUUCAUUAUGACAGCAGAUUGGAAGCACUGCGACUUUUGGUACUUUGCUUUUUAUAAAGGGAAAGGAAAAGGAUAUGUAACCAGUCAAGAAUAACAACAACAAAAACAUUUAUUUGAUCGUGAGAAUUCCAAGUCCAGUGCGGUAGGUUCUAUUAAAGAGACAAGCCACGAGUGUGAUGAGCGAUGAAGGGGAAAUGUCUGAUAUUAUUCAACACUCAGCUGUUGGCCGCUGAGUCAGAAUAAUCUAGUGUCAGUAUUUGAAUCCUAUCGAAAGUGACAUUACGAGGCUGAAUCUAUCGUUUACGCGAUUCUCAUGUCGUACAACGCAAUGUUUCGCCGCGCGACGAGAAUGCGCCGUGCAUCAGGUGAUUCUUUCUGCAGAAUGCGAAGUGCUGGGGUCACUGGCCCUUUGAUAACCAAGGACGAGGUCGUUAGAUUUGUCGCCGAGUGUAUGCAGAGAGUAGGAACUGAUGGGAAUCACUCGAAAAUUGUUGCGCAUCAUCUCAUGACGGCUGACUAUCGGGGCCACUUCAGUCAUGGCAUGAAUAGAAUGCCGAUGUAUGUGAGGGAUAUCGAGAGCAAACGAACCGAUCCGCAUGGGGAACCCAAGAUCAUCAAUGAUUUUCAGGCAACAGCCCUGGUGGACGGUCAAAACGGUCUAGGCCAGGUGAUCGGAAAAUUCAGUAUGGAAUUAGCAAUUAAAAAGGCGAAAACCUUCGGUAUUGGCAUGGUUUCCGCACGUGGGUCGAACCACUACGGCAUUUGUGGUUACUAUAGCCUGAUGGCCACUGACGAAUGUUUAAUAGGCUUCACUUGCACUAAUACUAGUCCCUUGCUCGUGCCAACACGAUCGACAACAGCAUCACUGGGUACCAACCCCCUUUCUCUAGCGAUGAAAACUCAUGAUGCCAGGGAUGAAUUCGUGCUGGACAUGGCGACGACAGCCGUAGCCCUUGGGAAAAUCGAAGUGGCGGUCACCAAGGGUCAGGAAAUACCGGAGGGCUGGGCCUUGGGUAAAGACGGAAAAGUAACGAAAAACCCAGCUGAGGCUUAUGAAACGACGAAGCUCAUGCCUCUGGGAGGAAGCCAAGAGAAUUCUGGCUACAAGGGCUAUGGGUUGGCAACCAUGGUGGAGGUGCUCUGUGGCGUUCUCUCUGGCAGCCAUUUUGGAAAGAAUAUCAGGCGGUGGAAAGAGGACGAUCGCAUCGCCAAUCUUGGCCACUGUUUCAUGGCAAUUGAUCCAAAGGUUUUUGCUCCCGGGGCUGGGGAGAGGUUGGGGCAGCUCCUGGGUGAGCUGCGAGAGCUGCCAACGGCUGAUGGCGAUGAGGGAGUUCUUGUCGCUGGGGAUCCUGAGAGGAAGGCUAUGAGGAGGGUUGAUCAAGAGGGGGGGAUUCGGUAUCAUGAAAAUCAGAUCAAGAUUUGUGAUGGGGUUGCGAAAAAACUGGGGGUCACUCCUCUGCGAUCUGUUUAGAUAAAACUAUUGCAUGGAAAUCAAUUGAAAAUACCAUUCAAAUAUUCAUUACCAAUUUUGAAUUAAUAAAUUAUAAUUUCAAUUU